AUGACACAUCAGCUGCAACAAAGCCAAGUAGCGCUUCAUUCCUACGAAGCAAUGGCCAAACUUGUGCCAAAUGACUUGCUGAUCGUCGACGAAGCAGGCACUUCACUGAAGGCACACCGAUUCGUGUUGGCCAGUGCCAGUGACUACUUUAUGCACCUCUUCACCAACGAUAACCAAGUACGCAAACUGCAUUGGCCUUAUCCUUUGGCAAUCGUAAAGAAAGCGGUGAUCUUCAUCUACGAGGGCAGUGUGAACAUUGAAGCAGAUCAACUACAGUCUCUACUUCAGCUGGCAGAUCAGUACAAUAUGGUCAAGCUUAUUCGGUUUUGUGCCAGUCUCAUGUCUGCCUGGUUGAGUCCACAAAACUGCACGGACUUUUACUUGUUGGGACACGUGUACUGCUUGGAAAACCAGAAAACCAUUGGGCAGUACGUUUGCAGCACCAUGAAGCUAGAUAGCAAAAUGAUCUCCAAAAAGAAGCUACUUGCUUUAUGUCAACAAGCAAAGCAGAGCAACACUUCCAAAACACGCUAA